UUCAAGUGUUGCCCUUGUCAAAUGUACACGGCUAUGAAGCCGCUGCCGAACACCGCAAACGGAGAUUCAGCGUACGUGCAGUUGUGGCGAGUGUUGAGGCGCAUGAGCAUGCUUUGAUAAGCAGCCCUUUACGUCGGCGAUAUAUUACGACAUAACAUCAUGGAUUUGGAUAACAUCCAAGAACCAGCUUCUUCACCGAUCCGCGAUAUGUCUGACUCCAGCAACUUCUUUUUUGACCUCUCUCCGGCUAAGACGAUUAGCCCUCGUCCAGCUAGGCUCCAGCCUCGUCACAGGAGGCACUCCAUCUCUUCCGCCACCUCUCACAAAUCAGGCGGGAGUGCGAGGCACGUCACCCGUAUGUCAAGCUGUGAUGAGGAUAUCACCGCCGUCCGCCGUGCAGCAUUCAUCGAAGGCAGGAAGAACCGCCUAGCUGCUCGUGCUGUAGAAAGAGAAGAAGUCUUGGCCAGAGCCCGCACCGGCAUCGAAGGCGCCUCAAGCAAGCUUGCCGAGUUACAGAAGUCUAUCGCGGCCGCAAACGUCGCCCGCGAAAAAAUGCUAGCAACAGUCACUUCCGCCUGCGGCGACCAAGUCGCAAAGGCUAAAGCUAAAGCCGCCGAAAUGCGCGAGAAGCGUCUCGAGGAAGUGCGAAUGAUGAAACUUGCCCUCGAGGAACGGUUGGCGAAUGCGGCCAAAAGACGUGAGGAGAUGAGAAAGACCAAAAGGACUUCGAGGCCAAGUGUUGGGAGUGUGGAGGAGAAGAGUCCGGAGAGGAAGGUGUUGAGGAGGGAGGUGAGUGAGGUUGAGAGGCGGGAUGCGGCGAGGGUUAUUCAGAGGACGUGGAGGAGGAGUGAGAAGAGGAGGGCUGCGCAGGCGUUUUUUGGGCUUGGGGUUGAUGUCAGUGCUGUGCAUGAGCUGCCUUUUGAGGAAUUGGUGUAUCGCUUUCAGGACCAGAAGGUGUUGAAGGCUACGAUCAGGGCGCUGAAAGCUACUGGGUUAGUCGGCGACGAAGAGCCGCCCAUGAAGCAAAUGGAGGCAUGUAGGAUCUUUUUAAGUUCAUACAUGAUCUUGGGACAUCCGGAGGAGAUCUUGUCUGGCCAAGGCGAAAGGGAGCAAGAGCUUGUCCGCACAACCAACAUCCUGCUCCGCGCCUUCGAGAACUCAGUCCGCUCUCCUGCUUCUUCGGUGGAUCUACUAGCUGCAUGGCCGUCGUACCUCGUCGCAUUCCGCAGCUGGAAAGCUCACGAUAGUGCUAUCCUCGUCGAGGGUAUGGCGGCUCAGUAUGCCGAGCUUUCCCAGAUCUGGGAGACGGUCAAGGAUAGUGAAGCCAGUGUCGCCGACGAAUACAAGAGGAGUAUUAGGAACAACCAGUUGAUGCUCUUGCAGAAGAUUCGCAAGCUGGCGGGCGAAGACACGAGAAAGGUCGUCGGCAAAGCUAUCGCGGAAGCGAAGAAGAGGAGGAAGGAGCUCAAGAAAGCUGUCGAGGCGUUGCCGAAGCCGAGUCCGAGUCGGACGAGACCUGAAUCUGCUGGUUCGGCUAGGAACUCAGGUAGUGCGAGACAAGAGUUUACGGUGCCUGCUACGUCUAUUGUGGCGAAUUAUGGGGUGAACUUGUCAAAUCGUCAAUUGAUGCAUGAGUUAUUGCUCGAUCCGAACUUCAAGCUCGAGCCACCUGAGAAGAGUCCACUGGAGAAGGCCGUGGAGACGCAGGUCAAGCGCGCGUUCUUUGAUAGUGUCAGAGAGGGCUUACGGAACGGGGAGGAAGAGGACUGGAUUCCGGGCCUCGCUAAGGAUGUCCGCAGCCGUUUGCUUCGGCUUGUUGUUCCAGAUUCGCCAACGGCGCAAAUGAUUAGCGGGGCUUUGGACCUUACGGUUAUCGAGCAGCAAUGCCGGACUCGGACGUUUGAUUAUCAGCGGUUCUGCGAGCAGGUCGUGCACAUGAUGAGGAGGCUCUGUGCGCCCUUCCGCGAUGAGAUGGUACAGGGAUGUUUAGUUCCUGCGGCGGCCGAGGAUCGUGUGGAGGGCUUUGUGGAGUGUGCGAAGGCAAUUUUGGAGGUGUUGGAUGUGCUGUUGUUGGAUCAUGCGAAUUUUCAUUUGACGAUUGCGGCACCGAUGUUGCUUCCCGAGGCUGUGGCUUAUGAACGGAAGAGGUUCGACGAGGAUGUCAAGGCUGGACGGGCGUCAUUGGAAAGCACGAAGAAGUGGCUACAGGCGCAUGCUCAGGAAGCGACGCAAACGGCCGAAAGCCGUGAUCCAGAGGGAGUACAGCAUCCCAAGUCUAAACCAACUCUAUCCCCAGUAUUUGCAGCUGCUAUGGUCGACGUUGUGGUGCCUGAUUCUACCGGUACUCUCCCGGAUUUACCUGAGACGUUCCACCUAGAUGUGGACCGGAUCGUGGAGUACAGGCAGACGGCGCACAAAAUCACGGUAGUUGCGACACUGAUCCUGCACAGCAAGAACCUGGCACGGGCUGGUUCACCCCAACAGGAUUGGUCGCAAUUGAAAGAGAGAUUGUGGGUUAUAUUGAAGGAUGGCCAAACGACGGCCGAGCAUUUAACCUCUGAGGUGCAACAUUAUAUUGGAUCUGCAUCCACGAGCUCGAGUGCGGCAGACAAUCUGGUCUCGAGAGUGCUUGAUGGCAGCGAUACAGUGUUCAAGCUUUUGCGCCGGCGCCUUCGGGCAUAUAUGGAGGCGUGGCUGACAGCUGGUCUCGCGCGUGGCGACGAGCCUGGUUCGAGAUCGAGACCGAGUCAGCAGCUGGCCGCGGCGGCAUCGGGCAUGGAAGAAUUGGCAGGCGAGCUGAAGCGUCUGGGCGAGAAGGUGAGGAAGCUGGGCGAGGUGAACCGUGACUGUUAUGGAGGACUGUACGAUGGUAUUCUACGUGGUAGGGAAGCACCCGGGGGUUAAGGUGGCGGGAACUGCAGGCAGAGACGGUCUCGCACCCCAGCAAGCCGUCGCGCGCGCAAAAGCCAAAUGGUCCCAGCUUUAAUGAUGAAGUCGGCCGGUAGAUAGACCCUUGUCCGCUCUGAAUGUCUCCUUUCUAUUCAAACGACCGCAAUUUCAAAGUCGACGUCCCUGCUGUCAAAUCACCAUCAGGAGUAUUCCACGUGUGACCCUGGACAGUGAUUCCCCGUGGUAGUCGUCUCUCAGCAAUCCACCAUCUAUAAGACCCGACUUCGACUUUCAUCCGAGCGCAGCUGUUCUGUUGUUCAACCGAUCGACAAACGUUCGCUGCUGCUCGUCGCCUUUGUCUUACUGUUUCCUCGCUUUCGACUGCUCCAUCGCCUUCGACAAACUCGAUAACUGAACGAUGUCCGUUUACGAUGAUAACGCCCCGGUGGUACGUUGUUGUGCAUUCAUUGCGGUGAUUUGCUGGGAGUGUAU